GGGGCGCAGCGCGGAUCCCCCCGCAGCACCGCCCACAGGCGGCAGCGCCGAGCCGAGCCGCCCGCCUCCUGCCGCGGCCCCGCCAGGCAGCUUCCCUCCGACCCCGGGGACAGGUGCUGAUGUCCGGGGAAGGAUGAAGCUCGGCUGCCUUUCGUUCCGGCAGCCCUACGCAGGGUUAGUUUUAAACAAAGUCAAAACGAUCGAGACUCGCUGGCGGCCCGUGCUCGCCCACUACCAGAACCGCACCAUCGCCGUCCACAUAGCCGUCAAGGACUGGGAGGAUGAAGCGUGGCGAACUAUUCUUCUGAGCAGGUUUGGUAUGACGGCAGAGCAAGUGCAAGACUUGUUGGAUGAAGGGGAGAAGUUUGGCAGGGGAGUUAUUGCAGGAUUAGUUGACAUUGGAGAGACAUCACUAUAUCCAGAAAAUUUACCUCCUGAAAAGGUUUUGGAGCUGGAAAACAAAGCUGUCCUUAGUAAUCUAGAACAGAAAUACUUGACUGUUAUUUCAAAUCCGAGAUGGCUCCUGGAACCAGUUCCUGCCAGAGGGUUUAGAGGUGUAUGGCAGGUGAACAUCCCUGAUGAACUGAUCCCCUCAGAAUGAUAGGAGUUGCCCCACAGUGUAUUUUUUCCUGCCUAAAUGCAAACUGGUUAUUCACAAGUCACCAUCUCUGAUACCAGUGAAUUACUUAGUAUUCCUUCCAGUAUGAAGUGCUUCAAGUAGCAAGAAUUGCUAUUUUGAAGCAAGAUAAUCAAGACCUCAUUCUUAUGACCAUUACUGGAAAUUAGUGAUGUUUUAGUAGAUUUUUGAUAUACAUACAACUGUAAAUAAAUGAGAAUUUCCUAAUAUA